CAGGCGCACCCACUUCACUUGCACGCGUAGCACGUUCACGGUGUCCAUCCAGUGUUCAGUCAGUGACAUUAGCUUGACUGCGUCUGCAAGCUCUCUUGCUAAGCUAGGUUUGCAACCAGUGCAUGUGCUCUCGAGAGCUACUGAAUAAUAUUCGCAAUAAUGGCUGGUAGUGCGGGUGAGUGGUGUCUUAUGGAGAGUGACCCCGGGGUGUUUACGGAGCUGAUAAAGGGUUUCGGCUGUAAGGGUGCUCAAGUUGAAGAGAUAUGGAGUAUGGAGCCAGAGAACUUCGACAACUUGAAGCCUGUGCAUGGAUUGAUCUUCCUGUUUAAGUGGCAAGCAGGUGAAGAGCCAGCAGGAUCUAUUGUGCAGGACUCUAGACUUGAUCAUAUCUUCUUUGCCAAACAGGUCAUCAACAACGCUUGUGCCACCCAGGCAAUCGUCAGCGUUCUGCUCAACUGCUCUCAUCCUGACAUGUUGCUUGGACACACACUAACGGAGUUCCGAGAGUUUUCACAGAGUUUUGAUGCCGCAAUGAAAGGUUUGGCUCUGAGCAACUCUGAGGUUAUCAGACAAGUUCACAACGGAUUUGCCAGACAGCAAAUGUUUGAGUUCGAUGCAAAGUCAUCUGCAAAGGAUGAGGAUGCCUUUCACUUUGUGAGUUAUGUUCCUGUAAAUGGUCGACUUUACGAAUUGGAUGGACUAAGGGAAGGACCAAUUGACUUAGGUGCCUGCAACCAGGACGACUGGAUUAGCGCUGUCCGUCCAGUCAUUGAAAAAAGAAUACAAAAGUACAGUGAAGGAGAAAUUCGUUUUAACCUCAUGGCCAUUGUGUCUGACCGGAAGAUGAUAUAUGAAAAGAAAAUUGCAGAACUUCAGAGUCAACUAACUGAGGAUGAACCAAUGGACACAGACCAGAGCAGCACAUUUCUGAGCUCCAUUCAGUCAGAGAUUGCAAAGUACCACCUGCUUAUUGAGGAAGAAAAUCAGAAACUUAAAAGAUAUAAGGUUGAAAACAUUCGACGGAAGCACAACUAUCUUCCAUUCAUUAUGGAGUUAUUGAAGACAUUGGCAGAGCACCAGCAGUUAAUACCACUGGUGGAGAAGGCAAAGGAGAAACAGACUGCCAAAAAAGCCCAGGAGGCCAAGUAAUCAUCAUCAUCAUUAUCCUCCACAAAAUCAUCACCACACUUCACAGGUCAUGCACACACUUAGUCCUCCAAUCAAGAUUUUGCCAGUGAGCCACAUACAUAGUCUGUUAAUGGCAAUGGCUGUCCUGAAUCAUGCCAUCACUGUGGUAUUUGGGUGUAUCCAGACUUUAGGAAAUGCAUUGCAGGUGUAGCAGAGAAACCCCAUGUGUUCAUCUGGAUAUAAGCAUGAUGAAGGAAACGUGGUCAAAUUGUCUUAUUUUCAUAAUAAAAAUCUCAAGAAGUUUACAAAUGGCUGUGUGUUUGUAUAAAAAGGUCCCAAUUAAAUAU